AUGACCAAGAAAAAUCAAAGUGAACAUGGAACAAACAAGCAAGAGACUACUUACAUAGGAACAGACUCUUCCACAUUACAAGAGAAGCAGAGACUUACCAAGACACUGCAAAUAUCUGCCAUGUGGAGAGAAGAACAGACAAAACAGGAACUGAACGUUCACAGAGCACCACACUCACAGCACAGAACAGGAGUGGAGGUAGGCAAAGGUCUAGACCCUUUGUUGACAACAUGGAGAAUGCUAACUUUCAUCCUAGGAACUUCAUGCAUUAUUUUGGUAACAAAAGUGGGCUUCUUGAUUCCAAACUUAUUUUCUAGAGGAGAAAAGCAAUACAGAGAGUCCUACCUUCUUGCUCUUCUAUGUCCUAAGAAUGAUGCUGAGUAUGGCUCUUGUGAUCUUUGUUCACAUGACUGGGUUGCUUUUGGAAACAGUUUCUAUCAUGGUUUUUCUGGAAUCAACAGCCACUCAGAAAGCCAAUUUGCCUAUGAGGAACUGAAUUCUCAUCUUAUAGAGCUAAACUCCAAAGCAGAGCUGGAAAAUAUGCUAUUGUUUGAAAUUGAUGGGUGGGCUCUCCUCAAAACAGAUGAAACAGAGGUUUCCUGGCUGUGGGAAAAUGCCACUAAAAUAGAGAAAACUUGA